AUGGACCAUAAGUUUCUUAAACCUUUGAACAAGACUAAGGGGGAGGAGAAAAAAGGUUGUCAACGCCCAACGGCUCUGCAUAUACAGAACUCUACAGGUUUUGAAUUAAGUGGACUAAUCCAUCUCAACAGCCCAAGAAACCAUCUCUCUAUAUGUGACUGCAAAAAUGCAAUUAUCUCCAACAUCACCAUAAUUGCACCUCAAAAAAGCCCAAACACUGAUGGCAUUGACAUCUCUUCCUCAACCAAUGUUUUAAUCCAAGACUCUUUCAUUGGAACUGGGGAUGAUUGUGUAGCUAUCAAUGCUGGCUCCUCUUUCAUCAACAUUACAAACAUCAGAUGUGGGCCAGGCCACGGCAUAAGUGUGGGAAGCCUUGGAGAAGAUGGAAAAGAUGACACAGUAGAAGAGGUGAAUGUGUGGAAUUGCAUCUUUAAUGGAACUGAAAAUGGAGCAAGGAUCAAGACUUGGCAGGGGGGAUCAGGGUAUGCAAGGAAUAUUGAUUUUCAAAACCUUAAACUUAUAGAUGUCUCUAACCCCAUUAUCAUUGAUCAAUACUACUGCAAUGGUGGAGAUGAUUGCAAAAACGAGACAUCAGCAGUGGAGAUAAGCAAUGUGACAUUCAGUGGAAUUGUAGGAUCAUCAGCCACAAAAGAAGCAAUUGACUUGAGGUGUAGUGAGAGCAGAGCUUGUGUGAAUAUUAAGAUUGACAACAUUAACAUAACCUCUGCACAACCUGGGAAGAACAUCUCUGCUUUCUGCUACAAUGCCAUUGGAACAUUUAUAUCGGAUACACCAACUGUGAUUUGCUCAUCAUCACUUCAUUAAUUUUGUUAUUGAUAUCAUGGUCCUCAUAGUUUCAUUGUAAGGACUGUGAUCUUCUUGUUAGGUAAAAAAAGUUGGACUUUGAAUCUUUUUGUACAAUUUGCGCAUCAUUUCUUAUUAAUGAA